CCCGCAUAGUAUUUCUCUCGAGUCUAGAAUAUAUUUAUGCACAAAUAGUUUUUUUAUCCGAACGGUGGAAUUAAUAUAAUCCCACGAGAUAACUGAUGCGGUUAGAUUAAACGAAACAAGCAGCAAGCAAGAUCUAAUUAAUCUAACGAAGGUGCACAUCGUCGCCGUACGUUCUCCUCCGCCCACGGGCAACGACUCAACGAUCGACCGCUUCCUGCUGCUGCCCCGGCCAUGGACAAGCGCCGGUCCGAGACAUCGUCGAGGCUCGUGACGACGAGCGCCCAAGCCACCCACAAUUUCGAGGUGACCGAUUUCUCGCUGCUUGAGGGCAUGGGCGCCGGCAGGUACGUCAGCUCGAGGACCUUCACCGCCGGCGGCCGUGCCUGGAACAUCAGGCUCUACCCCGACGGGGAGGAGGACAAAGCCGCCUACGCGUCAGUCUUCUUGUCGCUCCCGCCUCGCCACCGCCGCCCAUGCGGCUCCCUCGCCUCGUCGGCUGCCGUGGGCAGGGGGCGGCUCCGGGUGCGCAUGGCAAGGACGGAGUCCACCGGUGUUGCCGUCGGCUUCCGCGCGCCGCAGUUCAAGCUCCCGGAACCGCUGACCGGGAAUCUCUGGACGUUGGAUGAUUUCAAGGGCAACCUGGCGCUGCUGAUUCAUGUGGUUCCGGUUUUGAUUGGGUUCUCUGGUGCUGUGUGCCGGUGGUCGGGGCGCAGCAAGACGCUGCUGAAGCUAACGAUCCCGCGGAUCAAGCUGCUGCGGAACCGGCGGGAGCUGCAGCUCCGCCAGAUGCGGAGGGACAUCGCCAAGCUCCUCGAGGCGGGGCAGGAGGCCACUGCCGGCCACCGCUGCGGGAGACGGACUUGGAAAGACGGCGAGGUAUCCGAUCUCCAGGUCCAGGGCGCCACCGCCAUGCAAUCAUGUACAUUUGGUGCGCCUUUUAAUAUCAGGGGUUUUCCCAACUUCGUAGAGAAAUCCAACCUGAAAACGCUGCUGCGCCUCAACGGCGACGACGGCUUCACGAUCAGGUGCGUUCUGACCGUCGUUGGAGAAUCUGUAUCUGAGGACGUGCGCGCCGUGGCCGUUCCGCCAUCAGACAUGCACCAGCACUUCGAGCGCAUGUUGAAGGACGGGAGAGGCGCGGACGUUGCGUUCAACGUCGAUGGCCAGUUGUUCCGCGCCCACAGAUGCGUGCUCGCCGCGCGGUCUCCGGUCUUCGCGGCGGAGCUCUUCGGCCCGAUGAAGGAGAAGGAUACGGCGGAGCCGAUCAAGGUCGACGGCCUGGAGCCCUGCGUCUUCGAGGAGCUGCUUCUCUUCAUGUACACCGAUCGGAUCUCGGACGACGGUAAGCGUGGCGCCGACGACAAGAAUGCGGCGGCGCAGCACCUGCUGGUCGCGGCGGAUCGGUACGGGCUCGACAGGCUCAGGCUGAUGUGCGAGGCCAAGCUGUGCCGUGGCAUCGACGCGCGAACGGUCGCCACCACUCUUGCUCUAGCGGAGCAGCACCGCUGCGCGCGCCUCAAAGACGCUUGCCUCGCGUAUGUUGCCUCACGGGAUGUGCUUGGUGCUGUCAUGAAAACAGAUGGAUUCAAGCAUCUCGCCGCGAGCUGCCCUCUGGUUUUGGUGGAGAUUCUGGACGCGAUCGUCAAAGGCAAGGGUCAGUAG